AUGUCUCCAUCAUCAACCGAGCCUCAACCCACCACCAGCAACCACGAUGGCCGCUCCGACAUCUUCAACAAAAAAGGCGCCGACCAACGCGCAAUGGCCGUAGGAGCCUCCGCCAAAAGCGCCAGCACCCUCUCAAUGCCCACCUUCUCCACCAAAGAAGAAGAGCAAAAAUACCAGAAAGAGCAUCUGGCAUGUGCAUUUCGAGUCUUCGCGGCCGAAGGCUUCUCAGAAGGUCUAGCAGGUCACAUGUCCCUGCGUGAUCCCAUCAACCCGAAGACCUUCUGGAUAAACCCAUAUACGAUUCAUUUCGAAGACAUCACGGUAUCGGAUCUUGUACAGGUGACGGAAGAUGCAGAGGUGAUUUCAGGGGACCACGCUAUCAACGCCGCGGGGUUUGCGAUCCAUUCGGAGAUUCAUAAAGCGCAUCCUUGGAUCAACGCCGUGUGCCAUGCUCAUUCGAUUGCUGGGAAAGCUUAUAGUGCGUUUGGGAUUCCGCUGCCGCCGUUAUUCCAAGAUUCGCUCCGCUUUUAUGGCUCGCAUGAGGUUCUGACUGAGUACGGAGGUGUAACACUGUCGACGGACGAGGGCAAGAUGAUUGCUAAUAUCAUCAAGCCUAACACGAAGGUCGCCAUCCUCCAACAUCAUGGACUGCUUUCGGUCGGUACUACCAUUGAUGAAGCAUGUUAUUGGUUCUGUUGCUUUGACCGAUGUUGCCGCGCACAGUUGAUGAUCGAUGCCGCCAGUCCCGCUCACGGUGGAAGGCCUAAGAAUGUCGAUCAUGAGACUGCUUAUUUCACCGAACAAUCGAUAGGGUCUAGGUAUAGAGCAUGGUUGAAUUUCCAGCCCUAUUAUACGAAUAUGUUGAAAAAGACAAAGGGCGAUUUCUUGAAGUAA